AUGUUUGUUUUUCUCAGUAGCACAUUUACCCAGGACGUGGAAUCUCCGUGGAUGGCGAUUAUAUCCGAGUACAUCAAAGCUUGUGACUGCUUUCAGAGCAAGGUGCAUUUGGACCAACAACUGCAAGUCGAGAAAGUGUUCACGGGAAGUGGCAUUUUGUUGAAACAUAGCGUAGACUACUCGCACAGAGGCGGCCAGAGGUCUCUGAAGGAGCACUACAAGUACAACGAAGAAGAGGCAAACACGGAAGUAUUAACUAUUUACCAUGAGGGCGAAGUGCGGGUUAAUGUGAUCAUGACUUCUACGUAUCAGAUGGCAAAGCGAGUUCAGGUUAGCAACUUGGCGCUAAAAUUUUGCCGAUUGGUUCCUCGUCCAAGUACCAUCCCAAGAGCGCGAUAUCUUCUUCCAGGUACGCCUGGGCCUCACGUGCGAGCGUGUGAAAGUUUUGGCGGGAAAAAUACUAACUCGGGAACGAGAAAAGCUAGAAGGCUGAAAUUUUAUGUUUAUGUUUCUCAUCCAAAUAGAACUUAA